CCAGAUUUUAUCUCUGCCUUUCUUUACUUCAUGUUAAAACUGAAUGUCUCUGCUUUAUUGUAACUGAACAAAGAGACACAUAUCUGUCUCUGCAGAGGAAACCACAGCACCUCGGCCUCAGAGGAAGGAGGAGGGUUUUAUCUGAUGUGACCAUGAACUGAUCAGAGAGCAGCUCUAACAUCAGCACAGUGUCAGGAUGGAGGAAACGUCUCUGCUGUCACUGCUCUUUGUGAGCUCACUGCUGAUCUGCUCAACAAACCAAGCUCGUCUGACUGUAAGUCCCAGCAGAUCUCAGUUUUUUAAAGAUGAGUUUGUCUCUCUGAGCUGUGAGGAGGACGACAGCUCUGCUGGAUGGAGGCUGUGGAGGAACACGAGUACAAAAACCAAAGCUGAGUGUGGAGCUGAGUGGGGAAAAUCAACUGGUUCUUCCUGUAACAUCAGUUACAUUGACCCAUGGGACAGUGGAGUUUACUGGUGUGAGUCCAGAGAGGGAGCAACCAGUAACAUCAUCAGCAUCACUGUCACUGGUGGAUCAGUGAUCCUGCAGAGUCCUGUCCUCCCUGUGAUGGAGGGACAUGAUGUCACUCUGCACUGUAAAACAAAGACCACUCCCUCCAACCUCCCAGCUGCUUUCUAUAAAGAUGGCUCCCUCAUCAGGACUGAGUCUACAGGUCACAUGACCAUCCACCAUGUUACCAAGUCUGAUGAAGGCCUCUACAAGUGUCAGAUCAGCAGUGAUGGAGAGUCUCCACCCAGCUGGAUCACUGUCACAGGAAAACCUACAACCACAGUCCCUCCCACCUCUGGAGCUCCGCCCCCUGCCUCAGCCCUCCUCCACCUCAUGUUCAUAUUGGUCCGUUACCUGGUGGUGUUGUGUCCGUACUUCAUCUCCACUGUCCUCAUGGUGUCUUUAUAUCGACACAGACCCACAGGUAAUGGCUCGUCUGUCUCCAUGGCAACAACCUCGUCCAACCAUGCCCAGCAGGGAUUGGCUGAGGACUAUGAUGACAUAACUGCGAUCGGCACCGAGCGUGACUUCUAACCUGAACAGGUUCUUCACCAUGUGUGGUAUUAAUAUCAGUGUUUUAUCAGUAUCAGUACUUUUUAUAUGAACCAUGUUUGACUGGUUCUGAACCUCAGACUCGUACUUCCUGUCAGUGUGUGUGUGUGUGUGUGUUCUGCUGCGUCCUCAUCUGUUAUAACAGUGUGUGUUUUUCUCAGUAACUGUGUCUGAGGUUUUUCUGGUUUCAGAGCUGCUGCCUGAUGCAGACUGAGACUCUGUUUUAUUGUCACUGUCAGAAAAAAAUCACCUUAUAAUCAAAUAAAAGCUGAG